AUGGCAACCCGAGGCAUGUCUGCUGAAACUGGUCGUCGAUCUACGAGGCCUGCCCUGCCCGACUUCAAGUUCAACCCUGGGGCCGAUCUACCACCAGAAACAGGCGAGAGUCCGACACAUCCAGUGCUGCAGGAGAUGGCUCUGAAUCAGCAACGUGCGGUCCGAUCAGGAAGAGCAACUCCAUUGCCUCCGUUCACAUUUGCUCCUAGCGCGACCCCGACGCAAGUUCCUCCAAGUCCAACAAAAUCCUCCCUUCAUGACUCUGCCAACCCUGCACGAACGGGCCAUCGGCGCCAUGGAAGUGAGUUUGUGGGAGGAGGUAACGACGAGCCUCAGAUGAUCAGUAACAGCCCCGAGAAGUCAGAAUACCGACCACCGCCGCCAGUUACCGGAGCAUCGAGAGGACAUGCACAUCGUCGAUCUCAAGCAAUUUCCAUCUCCGACAUUGACACAUCUGAGCUCAUCAAGGUAAAUGCCUUGGCCAAAGCGCGGGCUGGUUUCAUACCAGGCACGCCUUCAGAAGGCGUACAGCCAUUCUCUUUCUCUCGAGCGAGCCCUCAGAUGCGCCAGUCCAUGUCAAGUAUUGUCAGAACCCCACCGUCUUCUCCCCGACGAAGGGGUAGUGCCCCAGGAGUUCGUCCUCGUGUCGGGUUUUCUGAUCACAUCGAUGUUAUUCCCAGACCACUAUCGCUGAUCUCAUCCGAGACCGAGGGCAGCACGUCAACAAUUCGUGGAGGUCAUUCUCUGUCUGGAAGCAUCAAUUCCAUAGCCAGUCCCACACCGCGUCCAACCAUAGCUCUUAGCUUGUCGGUUGACCCAAGUACAUCACCUGAGCGACCUCAGACUGCAGAUGUACUAUCCAGCCAGUCAGCAAUCAUGGCUGCAGACUCUGUGAUCAACCUCCCCAAGCGUCCUCUUUCUGCUUCCGGUUCCCCGGGAACAUUGACCUCAGGCAGUCCUCCGAACAAGAAGAAGUACUUCUGGUUCAGUCAUUCCAACAGUGGCUCGCCAUCCAUUACUCCCAAUGCCGAAGUAGAUGAUCCCGACGAUGUGUUUACUACGACCACUUCUGCUCAACCUUCGACUCCGCCGGCAGUAGCGGAGCCAGCGCAUCCAAGACCGUCCGCGGCACCGAUUUCGACAUUGAAGAAGCGCAAAUAUCACACUUGGACGUCAGGUAUCUUCUCAAGAAAAUCAGACAAGCGAUUGGCUAAGACGAAACAACAAGGCGUUUCCACACCAACGCCAUUGACAAGACAGUCCAACGACCGUCUCAGCGAUGUCUUCGAUGCCGAUAACACAGUUGUUCUUCGCGACUCUUCUCCAGUCUCAACUCGACUUGGUGCUUCACCGCACAAAGUCACCGAUGCACAGACAUGGCCUGUGUCACAAUCAGAAGAACAGAUCAACAUUCCUGUUCUUGACCUGGAUGCCGCUCUAGGUCCGUUCGGAAGUGAAGAGAAGUUGGCGCACGAGGCCAAAACUGGUCAAACUUCUCGAAUCGCCAAACUUCACAGCAGUGAGCGACGAGCCAACCUCGAUGCCUUUGGAACAGUUCAUAGGAGGACUGAGUCGGCUCCAACCAUGACAGCUGUCAACCGGAGCACCUUUAGCAUGCACCGUUUUGGUAGUAAUACAUCGCUUGCUGAGGAUGUGUUUGAUGAGGAGGAAGAAGACAACUUCCUUGCUGGAGGAAGUGUCAAAUCCCAGAAACCGGGCAGUUCAACAGAGGAGCUGUCGCAGGACAGCGAGCUUGCCGCCUCUCUUCCUCGGCUGGCCUCUGCACCACCUCACCUUGUCUCCGCCGAAGGCUUGGGCCUCUCUGUCACCGAAGAACCAGGUGAUGGGGUUAUCAUUGUUGAUUCGGAUGAAGAGAUUGCUCGCAUUGAUGCAAGAUCCUCCAAUUCGACCAUUGAGGCGCCAACCUUCCCAGACAUGGAGACUCAAAAGCCUGCAGUGUCGUCUCCCAUGCCUUUUGCAUAUCCUGCACCACAAUCUCACUAUGCCUCCUCCACCGAAGGUCGCACAACUUCGGCUUCGAUGAUGUCCUCUCCUGAUGCCGACCACAUCUCCUUUGACAACUUUUCUCGCCCGACUCGUUUUCUUGGCGAACCAAGUCCAGACUUCCUGCUGCGAACCUCCAACGAUGACCUACCUUCGCUCAGCGAUAGUAUCUCUAGCGGGGCUCUUCCGAGGUUUUCCAGCAGUGCAGGGACAAGAUCUUCUGUUGAGCAACGCUCAAACUCCAUGUUUGUCCCUGGAACAUCGAGGUCGAGCAACCAACCAGCGUGGAAGCGAACGAGUCUGGCCAGCCUGAACCGUCUCAUUCCCGGAUCAUCCAAUGGUAGCAAGUUAAAGUUCGAAACUAUCCCAGACACUACUGCGACGGACGAAAAGAGCAGAAAGAAGACAAACAGAAUCAGCAGACUCAUGCAUUUCUGGCGAUCCAAAGAGAGGGCGGAAUCCUAA